UUUCUUGCAGCCCAAAUGAGGAAUUCAGACUUCACAGAGCUUUUCUUUAUAUCUAGCGGCUGAGCAUAGCUGGGGGCAGGCUGCACAGUGAGGAGGAGCUCGAUCUGUGGAUUGUCUGUGUGCUGGCUCAGACAUACGGCAAAGGGGGAGUUCUUCGAAGGACACAAGGACGCCAUGAUGGAGAAGCGGCCGCCCCUCACAUCACCGGAUGGAUCCAGUAAGAGAAAUCCCCCAGAGAGAUGUCCCCGUCCUCUGUAUUCCCGGGACUCCACACAGGAACACCAGGAGAUCCCUCAGGAGGAUCAGCGUAUAAAUUUGACCCCUGUCAAAGUUGAAGUUAAAGAAGAAGAUCUGUAUGUGAUGGGUGAUGGGCCAUGCAAAGAAGAAGAAGAUCCUCCAGAGAUCAGCACAGACCCCGGAGAUACCAGAGACACUCUGAGAGACGCCAAAGCUGAGGAGGAGGAAGAAGGAUAUGAGAGGAUUAAACAGGAGGAAGUUCCUAUAAAGAUUGACACAAAUCACAAAGACCUCCAAGUGACUGAGAGGACAUUCAAAGCUGAGGAGGGAAAAGUACUUGUGAAGAUUGAAGAUGAGGAAACUCCUCCAAAGAGCAGCACAGGUGAGUUACAGCAACCAAAUUCACAGAUUCUCCCUUUUUUAUACCUGGUGUCAUCUUCCACCAUUGUCCCUCACUUCUCAUAUGAACCCCACGCAAAGUGCAGUUUGGAAGCACCAGAUGAUAUUACAGGAAGAUCUUCAGAGGGAAACCCCACUACUCCAAGUCUCCAUCCAAUCCAUCAAAGUGCAAGUCCAUCAGCUGAUCCCUCUACACAUGGUGGGAGUUUUCCGGAGUUUUCCCAUCCAACUCUUAGCGGAGCAGAAAUGUUCCAGUGCUCCGAGUGUGGGAAGUGUUUUAACCAGAGAGCAAAACUCAUUACGCAUCGGAGAAGUCACACUGGAGAGAGGCCAUUUCCCUGCUCUGAAUGUGGAAAAGCUUUCACCCAAAGGGGGAACCUGCUCACGCAUCGAAAAAUACACAAAGGAGAGAAGCCAUACUCCUGUUCGGAAUGCGGGAAAUGCUUCCUCUUGAAGGGCGGUCUCAUUAAGCACGCAAGGUUUCACACGGGGUUGAGGCCAUUUUCCUGUUCUCAGUGCGGAAAAAACUUUCCAGAUAAAGGCUGCUUAGACCGGCAUGAGAUAACCCACGCAGGGCAGAAGCCCUACUCUUGUUCGGUCUGCGGGAAAUACUUUUCUUCCAAAUCUUACGUCAGCAAGCAUGAAAGGAACCACAAGCGGGAGCAACCACAUUCCUGUUCUGAAUGUGGAAAAGGCUUUCCAGAUGCAGGCAGACUUGAGCGACACAUAGUGGUGCACACGGGGGGGAAGCCUUAUACGUGUUCUGAAUGUGGAAAAAGCUUUUCGCAAAAGUCCAACUUAAAUGAGCAUGAAAAGACACACACGGGAGAGAAACCGUUUUCUUGUUCCAUGUGUGGGAAAUGUUUUGCCUAUAAGUCAAACCUGACAACACACGAAAGAGCACACGCAGGGAAGAAACCACAUUCAUGCCCUGUGUGUGGGAAGAACUUUGCCCAAAAAUACAUCCUGACCAUGCAUGAAAGGACCCACACGAAGGAGAAGCCAUUUUCCUGCAGCGUAUGCGAGAAACCCUUCGCUCACAAGUACACCCUUGCUAUGCAUGAGAAGGCUCACUCGGGGGAGAUGCCGUAUUCGUGUUCUAUCUGUGGGAAGAGCUUUGUACAAAAGUAUGUCCUCGAUGACCACGAAAGGACUCACACGGGGGAGAAGCCAUACUCCUGCAGCGUAUGUGGGAAGUGCUUUGCGCACAAGUCCAAUCUUAUUACGCACAGGAGAACUCACACAGGGGAGAAGCCCUAUGCGUGCUCCGUAUGUGGGAAAUGCUUUGCACAGAAACCCCACAUGAUUACACAUGAGAGGUCUCACACAGGGGAGAAACCUUUUUCCUGUUUGGAAUGUGGAGCGUGUUUCACGAGGAAAUCAAAACUUGUCACUCAUCAGCGUUCACACACAGGAAAUCCCUCUGGUGUCCAGUUGCAUCACCUAAAAAUUCAAAUUAAAGAGGAACUUUCUGACCAAUAAAGUUGGUGCACUUGCUAACACAGCAAGGACUGUCUUAUAGAACAGAUAGAAAAAUGUGGUACACCCCUCUUUGGCUUAGGUCAUGAGAAAGUCUACACACCUAUGGCAGGCCAAGGUCAUAUAUUGACACCGUCAGAUAACAAUAAUUUGGAAUUUGCCAGCAUAGCCAACAAUGUUCAGCCACCUUGUACAUCUCAAACCUAGUCUUCAGAUACAUACCAAAGAAGGACCUUCAUUUCCCCUACGAUCUGCUUCUCUAGUUUCCUCCUUCUUUCACUUCCCUCGUGUUUCCCCCUUCUUCAGAUCUUUAUUUCUCCUGUUGUACCAAUUCCCCAGUAGGGAUGAGCCGAACACCCCCCCCGUUCGGUUUGCACCAGAACCAUCGAACGGACCGACCCUUCGC